GGCGCGCGCAUCAACAUCGCAGACAAUGGCGUCCCGGUUCUCGGCGGCCGUGCAAGGGUUGCUGCUCUCCCAGCUGGCCCUCGAGGUGGGCUCCACGCGGCUGCGCAGCGCAGGCAGCAGCAAGGAAUCGCUUUGGUACGAUUUGGACGGGUACGUUUACGGCGGCAGAGCGAGCGACCUCCACCAGCCAGCGAGGUUCCUGACCGUUGACGAUGCGCUUGACAUUGGCGCUGUCGCUGCGUCCGAGGCGAGAAGCUCCAAGAAGCGAGCGGGCCGCGAUGCAUUCGCUCAGCUCAGUCAAGCGUCCACGAGGCACACAAGCAGGCGCCAGAUGCCCGGUGACGACUAUGGGGACGGGUACGAGUACGGCGAUCGCGAGAUGAACGCGCGCAACGAGGACAGCGCGGACUACUCGGUGCACCAGUUCUUGGCCAACGACGACGCCCGCGACGGGCCUGUGUCCACCGGCGACGACAGCGACGCAGCUGCAGAGGUGAGGAGGUCCAGGGAGCUUGCGAGCCAGGACCACUUCAACAGCGAGAACACCCCAGCCGCUGAUGACGACUUCAUCCAGCUCAAGGCGAAGAAGCGCAAGAGCAGGCGCCAGAUGCCCGGUGACGACUACGGGGACGGGUACGAGUACGGCGAUCGCGAGAUGAACGCGCGCAACGAGGACAGCGCGGACUACUCGGUGCACCAGUUCUUGGCCAACGACGACGCCCGCGACGGGCCUGUGUCCACCGGCGACGACAGCGACGCAGCUGCAGAGGUGAGGAGGUCCAGGGAGCUUGCGAGCCAGGACCACUUCAACAGCGAGAACACCCCAGCCGCUGAUGACGACUUCAUCCAGCUCAAGGCGAAGAAGCGCAAGAGCAGGCGCCAGAUGCCCGGUGACGACUACGGGGACGGGUACGAGUACGGCGACCGCGAGAUGAACGCGCGCAACGAGGACAGCGCAGACUACUCGGUGCACCAGUUUCUGGCCAACGACGACGCCCGCGACGGGCCUGUGUCCACCGGCGACGACAGCGACGCAGCUGCAGAGGUGAGGAGGUCCAGGGAGCUUGCGAGCCAGGACCACUUCAACAGCGAGAACACCCCAGCCGCUGAUGACGACUUCAUCCAGCUCAAGGCGAAGAAGCGCAAGAGCAGGCGCCAGAUGCCCGGUGACGACUACGGGGACGGGUACGAGUACGGCGAUCGCGAGAUGAACGCGCGCAACGAGGACAGCGCGGACUACUCGGUGCACCAGUUCUUGGCCAACGACGACGCCCGCGACGGGCCUGUGUCCACCGGCGACGACAGCGACGCAGCUGCAGAGGUGAGGAGGUCCAGGGAGCUUGCGAGCCAGGACCACUUCAACAGCGAGAACACCCCGGCCGCUGAUGACGACUUCAUCCAGCUCAAGGCGAAGAAGCGCAAGAGCAGGCGCCAGAUGCCCGGUGACGACUACGGGGACGGGUACGAGUACGGCGACCGCGAGAUGAACGCGCGCAACGAGGACAGCGCGGACUACUCGGUGCACCAGUUCUUGGCCAACGACGACGCCCGCGACGGGCCUGUGUCCACCGGCGACGACAGCGACGCAGCUGCAGAGGUGAGGAGGUCCAGGGAGCUUGCGAGCCAGGACCACUUCAACAGCGAGAACACCCCGGCCGCUGAUGACGAGUAG